AUGGGUGUCGUGACGCUCGCCUACUACAUCAGCACCACCGUCGUGGCCCUGGUUGUCGGCCUCACCCUCGUCCUCGCCAUCAGAUCGGGACGGGGAAACAUGAUGCAGUCCACCACACAGGAGGCUGGAGCAGCUCCCCAUCUCUCUCCCAGGGAUGCUUUUCUGGAUCUCCUCAGGUAUUCGCCUAUAGGGAUCCUGUUCCUCACAAUGUCCAAGAUCCUGGCUGUGGAAGACUUGCUGACCACAGGUCGUCAGCUUGGCAUGUACAUGAUCACCAACCUUGUCGGGUACGCUGUCCACUCCGCUAUCGUCCUUCCCCUCAUCUACUUAGCGCUCACCAGAAGGAACCCCUACAGGAUCACUCGUGGAAUACUACAGGCUCUGGUCACUGCAGUCGGAACAAAUUCAAGCGCUGCUACACUUCCGGUGACCGUCCGCUGCUGUGAAGACAACUUGAAGAUUGACCGGACCAUCUGCCGCUUUGUGCUGCCGAUAGGGGUCACCAUCAACAUGGACGGCACCGCCAUCUUCCAAGUCGUCACCGUCGUCUUCAUCGCACAACUGAAUGCGAUACCGCUAAACGUCAUCGACUUCUUCAUUAUCUGCUUGUGUACAACUUUGACCAGCGUUGGCUCGGCAGGGAUCCCCGGGGGCGGCUUUGUAACGCUGUUUGUGGUCAUGUCCUGCCCGUUGUCUGGCUCCUGUAAGUCCUUAUUAGAUAGUAAGGGUGCGCGGGGCCGUGUCAUCACCAUGGUGAAUAUAAGCGGAGACUGUGUGGCGGCGGCCCCCCUUGCUCACUACUUCCCCCGACAAGGUGCUGGAGCUGUACACAGGGAGCAGGAAGAGAACUUGAUAGAUCACGCAGACAUUGUGUAA